AUGAAUCAUCACUACAAGCGGAAACAGGGCAGCCAAUCCAAUAGCUGCACUUCUGGACACAACUCCACUAAGCGGCCCUGCAUUGACGAUGCUUCAGCUGAUGCUCAUAAACAAGAUCCUACCGAUGCUGCUCAGCCAAUAUUAAUUUCUAAUUUGGGCAAAGAUAGUGAAGACUUAACAGGUGGACGGGGAACUCAUGGCGGUGGGCUGUCAGCUUCUGAGAGUCAAGAUGAUACUGCCCGUGAAUUCGAUACGUGUUUUGGAAUGAUCCACGUACAAACGAGCCAUCUAAGGUUAUCAGCGCUAUUGGAUAGCUACAAUACGACUGGUGAAGUGGUACUGAGGGUUGAUGACGACAUUAUCACCAUAAGAAAUGUGACAUCCCUGAAGUAUGGGGGGCUUUUAGGUCGCAAUACUCUAUGUUCCAAAACGCUCAAAAAGCUCUACCAUCAGCACGGGGCAAGCUUCGAAGCUUAUCUGCUACCAAAAGAGACCAAGAGCAGGAAGAUUGCUGCUUACGAACUUUAUGUGAUUUUGUAUGGUAUGCAAUCGCAAAGCGACUGCUUCAGCAAAUUGCUGGAUUCAGCUGGUCUAUUCCUCCAACAUCCACAUUUCCAAGAUUUAUCUGCUCCGUACUGGAAUCCACAUUACCUUCGCAAUCCAAAUACGCAGACAGACUUCGGUGAAGAGAUCAGCUCUGCAUUUAGCAACACGGUUCCUUCAAAAGCGUCCAAAGUGCUCGAUGAUUCGGACCCUCACAAGAACCAACUUUUAGAGGUUAUUGAUUCCGCACAGGGGCCUGAAAGCUUCUCAUCGGCAACUUCAAGUCCGCGUUUGAGGACAGUUCUUAAAAAGCAUCAGUUAAAGGCACUGUCGAUGAUGAGGGAGAAGGAGAGCGGGAGGUUAGAGCAGAACGAAUUCGGUUCUGUGUGGACCACUAUGAAGUCGAAAAAAGGCGAUAUCAGGUACAAGAAUCUCGUGACUGGAUCAGUCCAAGUAAACAAACCCCAGAUUUGUCGUGGAGGGGUCCUUGCAGAUGACAUGGGGUUGGGGAAAACUCUAUCUGCCAUUGCGUUGAUUGCAUCGUCGCUAGACACCAUGCCAAAGGUUCCUAACGACGGACUCAAUAAUCGAUCGACUUUGAUUAUCUGCACUCCAAUCCUUUUGCAAGAGUGGGAGAAACAGAUCUCACAGCAUGUCCAUCCCGGUCAAAUGUCAUACAAGAUAUUUCACGGCACUUCAAAAGAAAACGCGUCAACACUGUGCAGGUACGAUGUGGUCCUGACCACAUAUGACACAGUAGUCUCGGAGGCGUCUAAAUCUUGUAAAUUUCCAGAGGUGACGACAAUCCACUCCAUGGAAUGGUAUCGCAUUGUGCUUGAUGAAGCCCAUAACAUUCGAAAUCGCCGAACAAAACGGUACAGAGAAAUUUCCACGUUGAGGGCCCAAUAUCGCUGGUGCUUGACAGGCACCCCGAUUUACAACGUACUGGAAGAUUUCGGGUCUUUGGUAGGCUUUCUAGGCGUGUAUCCAUUCGAAAAGGCAGCAACCUUCAACUCGCGCAUAAGCAUACCAGUCAAGAAUCGCACUACCCAAGGACUCGAAACUCUCCAGAAAUUAGUUCAAGGCGUGUGCCUAAGGAGAACUAAGGAUGCCAUCAGCCAUGACCUGCAACUUCCAAAUUUCCACAAAGCGCUUUGUCGAGUUGAGCUAAGCACAACAGAGCGCCAAGACUAUGAGGCACUCAAGAAAAGCUACGCCGCCAUUCUGAGCACUGGUACUGAUGCCAAAACGGCAGUAGGCUCGACCACGAGGAUCUUUCUUACUAUGCUACGAUUGCGACAAUUUUGCGAUCAUGGACUGGACAUGUUGCCUGAUGACGUACGAGAGCUUCUCAAGACGUCAGCUGACCCAAAGGCCUACGCGGAGUGCUCCAGCAACCGAAUCGAGUACUGCGCAGCUUGUUAUAAAGGCCUUGGCCAGAAAGCUGAGUACGGAGAUCUAUUCCUUAGGGACUGUGGUCACGUUAUGUGUCUCAGCUGCGAGAAGAAAAAAGUCGAGUCCAACACCAUUGAGCCAGAUGGCGAAUGUAUAGCCUGUGCUACGCAAAUUAAACAACAAAAUAUGGAGUUUCGGGACUACAAACCAUCGUCCAAAGUGCUGGCUUUACUACGCAACUUAAGUGUUGAUCGUGACCAAGCUGUCGUGUUUUCCACAUGGACCUCUAUGCUGGACUUGGUCCAGACCGCUCUACGUAGAGAGGGGUUUGACUUUGUACGGAUAGAUGGCACUAUCGAAAGAUUUCGGUCCAACAAGGAUUGUAACCUUCUGCUCGCCUCCAUCGGCACUGCAGGGGUUGGGCUUGAUUUGACAGUUGCUUCUCGUGUCCAUCUACUGGAACCUCAAUGGACUCCCAUGGCGGAGAAACAAGCCUUUGAUCGCGUGAACAGAAUGGGUCAGACACAAGAUGUUAUCGUAACGCGAUAUAUUGUCAAUAAAACUAUCGAAGAGUAUCUAGUUGAUGUGCAGCAGGCUAAGUCUGCUGUUAUAGGUCAGUUGUUCACAACUCAAGGUGAAGCUGAUGUACAAAGUACAGGAGAGAGACUAGCUAAGUCUUUCGUUAAAAUGCCUUUUAAUAUUUUCUUGUCGUUGGCUGUGGGACUUGUUGGGAUCAACAGUGUGGUUGCCGGUCCAUGCAAGCCUCUGUCCUCUGCAUACUCUCUCUCAUCGAGUGCCACUGAGGUUUCCAUCUCAUCGACCAUUGAUUCUAUUGCUACCGAGGCUUCCACUGCGACUGAAUCUUCAGUGAGUGAGACAGUGACCUCAACCGUCGUCGCUGCAACCACCACCGAUUUAUCGUCAACGCUAUCUACCACCGCAACCUCGGCUGAUGCAACCACACCUCUCACAACCGAAACUUCAGCUGAUACAACUGUGCUCACCGCGACUCUGACUCUGUCAGAGACAACUACAGCAGAGACAACAACUGCUACAUCCGAAGCGACAGCAGGACCUACGGGUUUCUUUAUCGUAGCAGGACCGGGCGCUGCUCUUGGCAAGAAGCUAGAAACGAGCGAAAUUGUUGGCACUCCUAUCAUGUUCAAUGCCAACCGCGGUGAUGCCUGGGAGCCCCGUCGAUUCGUCCUCGACGACAGUACCGGAAGAGUCGAACGAAACGGCAUUUCCCUCUGUGCCAACUUUGGUUAUUAUGAAAAGAACGUAGCAACGAUCACCCUAUGCGACCCCGAAAACUAUUACUAUGGCACGUCAUACUUGACCUGCGGACAAUCGGAUACUCCAGGAAGCACUCUUCGAUGCAGCACGGUGAGGCUAGAUUGUGUUCCGAGAGGACCAUCUGGUCAGGCAUGUACCGAGGUCACCGAACCUGGUGCUGACUGGAACGGACAAUUCUACAUCGAUACUGCGGAGGACGGUGAGAGCUAUCUGGCGGUUGGUGUUGAUAAUUUGGGCGGACGAUAUUCGCCAGUUGACGUAUUUGUCGAUUUCGUCGUAACUGGUGACUAA